CCUCCGUUGCAGUCAAAGCGGGAAGCUUUUUCAUUGUCUUUUUGCGGGCGGUUGUUUUUUUUUUUUAAAAAAGGGGCCUAGUCUGGGAAAGCAAGGGUUGCCGUAGCAACCGCCGGGCCUGUCGCGAUGCGCUUGCGCGGGCCUAGCAUGGCGGUUCGGCUUGCCGCGGGCCGGUGGCUCCGGCGGGAACCGUUUACUCAGCCGCCCGGAGGCGGAGGGGUUGUCGCGGUGCAGCAACUCUUGGAAAACGCGACCGUGGAGGCGGAGGAGAAGACGCGGAAAGCGCAGCGCGCCGCCCCCGAGGAAACCUCCGUGUUGCUCUUUCCCGGCCAGGGCAGCCAGUUCGUGGGGAUGGGUCGCGGGCUGCUCCGCUAUCCCAACGUGCGCCAGCUUUUCCGCGUGGCCGAAGCCGUGCUCGGCUACGACCUGUGGAGCCUCUGCCAGGAAGGCCCCAGCGCCCGGCUGCACCGCACCGUGCACAGCCAGCCCGCCGUCUUCGUCUGCUCUUUGGCUGCCGUGGAGAAGCUGCACCAUCAGCAGCCCUGGGUUGUUGAGAGCUGCGUUGCGGCUGCUGGAUUCAGCAUUGGAGAAUAUGCUGCUCUUGUUUUUGCGGGAGCCAUGGAUUAUGCAGAAGCCCUGUAUGCUGUCAAGACACGGGCUGAAGCCAUGCAAGAGGCGUCCGAAAUCAUACCAAGUGGAAUGCUCUCCGUUAUUGGCCGAAGAGAUUCAGAUUAUAAAACUGCUUGUUUGGAAGCUCUUGAAUACUGCAAGACAGAAGGCAUAGAAGAUCCUGUAUGUGAAGUUUCAAACUACUUGUUUCCAGACAGCAGGGUCAUUGCAGGACACAUACAGGCUUUGGAAUUUCUACAGAAAAAUUCAAAGAAAUUCUCAUUUGCACGUGUAAAAAUGCUACCUGUGAGUGGUGCUUUUCAUACGCGACUAAUGAAAUCAGCAAUGCAACCUUUAUCCGAAGCUCUUGAAUCAGUCAGCAUCCAAGAACCCCUCAUCUCUGUCUAUUCAAAUGUGGAUAGCAAGAAAUACAGGCAGCCAGAACAGAUUCAGCAUUGUUUAGUGGAACAAUUGGUUUCGCCAGUGAAAUGGGAGCAAAUAAUGCACACAAUCUAUGAAAGGAAUAAAGGAAAAAAGUUUCCUUAUACAUAUGAAGUGGGACCUGGAAAACAGUUAGGUGCAAUUCUAAGAAGUUGCAAUUUAAAGGCCUCAAAAUAUUACAGUAACAUUGAGGUUUCUGAAGGUGAAACAAAUGAAGAAACGUAGAGAUCCUUGCAAGAAAUGGAAGAUAAUUUGCUGCCUGCAUAACUUCUUUGCACAGGUUUAUUGUCAUGUCUGGAGCAAAAGUAUUCUCCACUGUAUUUCUGAGCCUUUCAUCAAAUUAACGCAUUCAAGUGCCUUGCAGGUAUUUGAUAUGUACCUAUUUAACAGGCCUAAUCCCCCUCACCUAGUUGUCCUAGUGGCACAAGUGAAGAGUAAAAACUACAUAUGCAGUCUGCCUGACUUGAUGGAGCCUUUUCUUCCACCCGAAUACAAUGUAAGCUUAUAUGACAACACCAAUAUGUAGAGCUAGUCUGGUUGCACUCCUUUGCCAAUCCAGAAUCAGUUUCACAAGGUUGUCUGUAAUGUGGCUCCCUGACCUGUAUAUUUCAUGAGGAUAAUGAGGUGUUCUGGCAUUCCCAUUUUUCUGAGCAUAUUCCUCAGAUUGACACACUAAAAAGACCUAUAAUCAAUGAAGCACAUAAUGAUUUCUUUGGAGUAUUCUUUAGCUUAUCAGCUUUCCAGGGUACAUCAGCAACAAUGUUCUUAAGUUCUUUCUAAAGCCAGCUUGAAUGAAACUAUCAUAAUUGUUCAUUGGUUGGAUAUUUUCCUUGCUGUUAGUAUGCUUAUAUUUUUAUGAUGAUUUGAAUAACAUGGAAACCUAUUUGAUCAGAAGCCCUACGAGAACAGAAUAAAUGCUCUUGUGUGCAUAUCAGGGCCAUUAUCUUUAAUGAGGUCAGGCAGUAAAUAAUCCAGUUGUCCAGAUUAUUGUGUCACUGAAAUACUUUAUGUCAGGCUGAGGAAAAUGCAGCCAAGAGAAAGCAAUUUAUAAGUGGAAGUGUCUGAUUAUAUCAAAAGGGCACACCUAUCAAUAAAUGUGUUAUUCUUCACACGUUUGUGUAUUUGAUCAUUGUUUAUAUAUAUGGUAUGGCAGCCACUUGUACUUUCUGAAUGAAGCCCAGUUAAACAUAGUUUUUAUGUGCUGUAUUUGCCUUGUUCUGGAGUCAUAAUUUUGAAUUAUUUGUGGAAUUUAUACCUGUGUCAUGGAAGCAAGCAUUUCUUCUUGAAUUGAUGCAGCAUUGAUCUCUCUGCCUAUAACAACAACAA